AUGGCAGCUCCUCUUGAUCGCGCAUCCCCGACGACGGCGGCCUAUGUGAUCGCCACUGCUAUUGUUGCCGGCGUCACGGGCUACUUCAUCGGCCAAGGCGCCUCGCUAGGCCUCUUCAAAGAGAAACAAGGCUGGCCCAACGGGUACGACGUCAAGGUUCACAGGGACUCAUCCGACGAGGAAUUCGAGGAGGAAGACUCUGCGGAUGAGGAGAGCGACGAGGAGGACGAAGGUACAGGAGAGGAAUUGGCCUCGUUCAAGGACAAUCAAGAGGAGGUGAAGCUUGUGCUUGUCGUGCGGACAGAUCUUGGAAUGACGAAGGGGAAAAUCGCCGCGCAAGCCUCGCAUGCUACCCUCGCCUGCUACAAAUAUUUCAUUACUCACCAGCCUGAUUCUCCGAUCUUGCGUCGCUGGGAACAAGGGGGUCAGGCCAAGAUCGCUCUUCAGAUCAAGUCGGAGGAGGAUUUACUGCUCCUUCAGGCUCAGGCCAUGAGCCUUGGACUUUGCGCGCGAGUCAUCCAGGACGCGGGCCGAACACAGAUUGCAAGUGGCAGUCGCACUGUGCUGGGCGUCUUGGGUCCGAAGAGCGUGGUUGAUGGAGUGACUGGGCAUUUGAAACUUUUGUAA